GCGUCAGUCCGGGGGCAGAAGCGGGUGCGGAGGCGGGGGUCCAGAAUCGCCGCGCGGGGCUUAGGCCGUCCCGGGCCGCUUACGCGCGCGGAGGAACACGCGGUCCGCACCGCGCGGCAUUACGUCGCGCACCGUCGACCGCGACUGACGUACGCGCCGACCGACCGCUCGCUGCACCGCCGCUCAUCAUCGCGCCCGAUCGUCGGCACGAUCCGAAAGGGAAUGUCAACUGAUUAUGUAGGGAAAGUGCGCCGUUUGCCCAAGUGUAACGCCACAUAUAUUUAUAUCGAAUUCGAGGAAUCGUCGCCUGCGUCAUCCCAUUAGGCGGCAACCUGUAGGAAUAGAAAUUGCGACGGAUGACUUGGCUAGUGCCGAUGACGACAGUGCUUUUAAAGGGACACGUAGAAAUAUAAGAGGAAAAGGAAAUGUUUAUGUAGUGACGAGAGAAAUGCUGGUGGACUAUUUAAAACAGAUUAAAUGUUAAUGAACUGAUGACAGACAGUGACGAUGUACUUCGAAUUGCCGGUUGUCUCUACGAUCGCGCGUCGCGCAAGAAGAAGUGCAACGGUACAUCGCGAGGCUCACAAUCGGUUGAAGACAGCCGCCGCUCUCGAUCGUGGAUCAAGACCGGAACGCGAUUCUGCCGUGUUAAGCCUGUAAUGACACGAUCUCGCGACCGAUCAUGAAAAUCGACGCGAUCGAGAAGAAGAAGAAGGAAACGAUCGAUCGAUAUUACGUGCAGCCGUGAGACGACCUGGUAGCUGAGGCACCUGAGAUCAAGUCGCCUCCGUCUUCCGUAUAGCGGGGUAAGUGAAAAUCACGACGUCCCGGCCGGGGGUUGCGCACUUGGGCGACGACGAGGGGCGGCUACUGGCCGAUGGGAUGCAUCUACCGGUGGGUUCCGUGGGCUGCGGGGAGAAUUACGGCACCGUUGGAUCUCACGAAGGCGCCGGCCCGUGCGGUCCCUCCCUGGCGCCGCUGCAGGGUGUAAACAGCAGGUACCACCAAGUAGACGACGCCGACGCCGGAGGUGGAGGCGGCGAAAUGAGCGAGAGUGCCGCCGUCGGCGAACUAUGGUGGACCGAAAGGCUCGUCGGCGAGGCGCAGGCCGAGCAUCCCGGAGAACUGGUCAGGACAGGAUCGCCGUACUUUUUGUGCAGUCAGCUACCGACGCACUGGCGAUCCAACAAAACGCUUCCGGUGGCAUUUAAAGUGGUUGCCCUCGGCGAAGUUGGCGAUGGCACUCUGGUGACAGUUCGCGCUGGUAACGACGAGAACUGUUGCGCCGAACUGCGAAACUCCACCGCGUUGAUGAAAAAUCAAGUCGCCAAAUUUAACGACCUCAGAUUCGUCGGCAGGAGCGGCAGGGGAAAGAGCUUCAGCAUCACCAUCACCGUGUCGACGACGCCACCCCAAGUGGCGACCUACACGAGGGCGAUUAAGGUGACCGUCGAUGGACCGCGAGAGCCGCGAUCGAAAACGAGGCAGCAACAUCAGCAAUUUCGCGCACUCGGCCUAGGACAAAGACCUUUUCUCGAUGCGCCGACCUCGUUCAGAUCCCACCUGCGGGAACUCGAAUCCUUCGGGAGGAAUAAGCAUCACCAUCAUCACAGCAGCAGUCACUUACACGACCAGCAGACUGGCAACAACGUCACCACGAAUUCGGUUAGCGGUGCCUGCACCAACCCCAACAACACCGACCCGACCGCAUCACCGGCUUCCAGUACACACCUCGGGGCUACCGGCGGCUCUUCCGUUCAUCAGGAUUGCUACAAGCGCAGUCCUCAGCACGGCGACACGGGUAUAGGUACCACAGAGUGGACUUACCCGUCCACAGCACCGUCUUAUCCGGCUCCUCCAGUCAGCAGCAGCGGUUCCUACUCUCCUUUACCCGGCGGUGCAUUUUCAUAUCCGGGGGAAUCACUGUCGCAUCAUCCGACAACGGAGCCGGUGCCAUUACCAACCGUGCUCCCUUCGGAAACUUCGCAGGACACCUACACGCCGAAUUGCGUGUCCAUGUACUCGGGACACGGCACCUCGCCGACCACAUCCUUGCCCCUGGUGCCGACCAGACCCAGCGACCCUGACAUUUUUGCCGGCGGCGCCGGCACGGGUAGUGCGGGUAGCCCGGGUUACCAUUACAGUUCCUGGACACCUGGCCCGGCGACCCCGGUCCCAGUGGCUUCCCACAAUUACAACCCCAAUUAUCAAGGCUACUACAACAAUCCGGGUCAAAAUUACAUUACGGGUCCGACACCGAUGGUCCUCUACCCUCAACUCUACAGCACAGUCAAUCAAAAUCAAAUCCAUCUGCAUCUGCACGGCGAUCUGAGCGACGAGCAGGUCACCAUAGCGGGCGGCAAUCUUACCAUCAGCAGCAUCCGAGAGAUCGGAGUGCUUGGCGAGGAGAGCGAGCAGAGAAACGACGUGUGGAGGCCGUAUUAAGAAAAAAAAAGGGGGGGAAAGAUCUGUGUUAAUGUAAUUCAAAUUGUCUGAAUUGCAACGCGCGAGUUUCCGUGUGUGGCGAUGCAAAUUUUAAUUAGUGCUCUAAUUAGUGCGAAAUAUAACAAGGACGGCGGAAGUUGCGCCAAGUACUUUCCGAAGAAAGGCGUGCACGAGACAAUUGCCGCAUGCGCAACAGUGUUUCCUCCGGUCGUCCGCAGUUACGUGAAUUACCGCGUCUGUAAGAAACCCAACUGAAGAACGGUAUCCUCCAUGGUGUUUCGUGGUGAUAACGUGAAAUAUGAAAGUGAAAAUCAUUGACUCAUUCACAUUGAAUGAACGACAAAGGGAGCGCGUGGAACGAACUUUACUAAAAAGACUUUCUCAAUUUAUGAAAAAUCAACCAGUAAUAGAAGAUUUCAUCGAACAAAGCUAAUAAUGAAUGAAGAAUCGUCAUUGUGCGCACAAAAGCGAAGAUACUUCAUCGCGGAUAUAAACUUACUCAUUCAACGUUGAACGUGAAAUCCAAGUAAAACAAUCUCUUCGCCGAGAAAAGAAAAUUUCUUAAAGGACUAGAAAUCUGGUUAAAAUCCAAUGAAACCAAUCAAAAUGAUUGGUGAAUCGUUAUGUGCGCACAAAGCGGAGUCUUCAUCUUCAUUCGAUUGUUUCUUGAGACUAGUUGAGAAUAUCGGAUCACGUGAAUGUCGCUUGAUUCUUGAACGGAGAAGUUAGUCAAACUCUGUAACGUUGUAAAUACACACAUAUUUUCAGAAAUGAAAUAAAUUUGUCCGACAGCUGGUUUCUAAAUCCUUUCUCUUGGCGCGUCGAGAGAUUUCAACGUGGGAAAGAAUUAAAGACAGUUAAACGAGAUUGUUCCUCUCUUAUAUUCAAAAUAUAUCAUGUAAAAAAUAAACUUUUUUAAACUCUU